UUUUCAUUUGGUUGUAACUUCUGUUUUCUGUACCAAGACUUUUUUUUGCUUUGGUUCAGGAAGGUUUGGCUUUGCUCUUGGGAACUGGUGUGGUAGCCACUGUAAGGGCAUCUCCUGAUGGCUGUUUGCUCGGAGAACUGAGCCGACGUUGUGGCUCUCUGUGAGUCACGUCACGCUGGGUUACGUUCUGGAUGACUUUGGGUACGAUGUUACCAGACUCUGGGACUUUUGUAGUCUCACAGAAAAUGUAGACGUUUUCGUGACAGCAGGAAAUCGGCCUGUUAGGUUCGGGGCAAGUUUUGAACCCCUCUCCUGUGGCUGCGUUCACAGGCCAGCUCGGUGUCAGCGCCUUUGCAGACUUGUCCCUUAGCGCCGCUCGGGGCCAGUUUGAGACCUGGGCGAUGGUCUAGCCUCAGGACAGCUCUCUCUGGUUUGCCGUGUGGGGUCAGGUCCACACGGGGACUGUCCUGGGACGACCUAGGUGUGGGGCCAGUUUGAGACCUGGGCGAUGGUCUAGCCUCAGGACAGCUCUCUCUGGUUUGCCAUGUGGGGUCAGGUCCACACGGGACCGUCCUGGGACAACCUAGCUGUUCACACACAGCGUGCGGCCCCGUCCACACCCUCCUCUCACCACCUCCCCGCACUCGGGCUCCGGCCCCUUUCAGGUCCCUUCUGUGCCGUGGCACUCGGGACAGAGCCUACCCCGGGACGAGCGUGGAGGAUGGGGAACGAGAACAACAGGGACCCCUGUGCUCUUGGGGCCACCGUUCUUCCAGUCAGGAGGAAGGCCCCCGCCCCCCGAGCAUUAGGUGCCUCUGGGCGCUGCCACCAUCACGGGGUGUCCGCAGGCCUCACUGCGGGCAGAGCCAGCAACGACAGCGCAAUAAUGGAAGGAACCAAGGCGUCUGCCCUCGCCGUCUGCUGUUUAUGGGUUUCCUGUCGCUUUCCCCGGACCAGAGAGAAGACUUCUCUGGGAGUGCUUUCUCCCUGCGCCUGGACGCAGGCCUGGGGAGUGACGCUGCUGGUCCCGGGCGGCCCCCCCAGCUGCGCCAUGGCCACUCCAGAUGUGAGCGUGCACAUGGAGGAGGUGGUGGUCGUGACAACCCCGGACACUGCGGGCGAUGGCAGUAACGUGGAGGGGGUGAAGACGGUGCUGGUGACGACCAACUUGGCUCCUCACGGGGGCGACCUGGCGGAAGACAGCAUGGAGACGGAAAAUGCCGCAGCCGCCGCUGCCGCCGCCUUCACAGCCUCCUCCCAGCUCAAGGAAGCCGUGUUAGUGAAGAUGGCUGAAGAGGGGGAGAACCUGGAGGCUGAGAUCGUGUACCCCAUCACCUGCGGGGACAGCAGAGCCAACCUCAUCUGGAGAAAGUUUGUGUGUCCUGGUAUCAACGUGAAGUGCGUGCAGUACGACGAGCACGUGAUCAGCCCGAAGGAGUUUGUGCACCUGGCAGGGAAGUCCACCCUAAAGGACUGGAAGAGAGCCAUCCGCAUGAACGGCAUCAUGCUCAGGAAGAUCAUGGACUCCGGGGAGCUGGACUUCUACCAGCAUGACAAGGUCUGCUCCAACACCUGCCGCAGCACCAAGAUCGACCUCUCGGGAGCCCGCGUGUCCCUGAGCAGCCCGGCCUCUGCCGAGUACAUCCCGCUCACGCCCGCGGCGGCCGACGUGAACGGGUCUCCUGCGACCAUCACCAUUGAGACAUGUGAGGACCCUGGCGACUGGACGGCGGCCAUUGGAGAUGACACGUUUGCCUUCUGGCGGGGCCUGAAGGAUGCUGGGCUGCUGGACGAGGUCGUGCAGGAGUUCCACCAGGAGCUGACAGAGACCAUGAGGGGCCUGCAGCGGCGGGUCCAGGACCCCCCCCUGCAGCUCCGAGACGCCGUGCUGCUCAACAACAUUGUGCAGAACUUUGGCAUGCUGGACCUGGUGAAGAAGGUGCUGGCCAGCCACAAGUGCCAGAUGGACCGCUCGCGGGAGCAGUACGCCCGGGACCUAGCAGCCCUGGAGCAGCAGUGUGACGAGCACCGCCGGCGCGCCAAGGAGCUCAAGCACAAGUCACAGCACCUCAGCAACGUGCUCAUGACGCUGACGCCCGUGUCCCUUCCACCCCCGGUGAAGCGGCCCCGGCUGGCACGGGCCACGUCAGGACCAGCGGCUGUGGCCUCACAGGUGCUCACCCAGUCCGCCCAGAUCGCGCUCGGCCCGGGCGUGCCCGUCUCCCCGAUCACCAGCGUGCCGCUCGGCAAAGUGGUGUCCACCCUGCCCUCCACGGUCCUGGGCAAGGGCUCCCCUCAGGCCCCUCCUGCCAGCUCGCCGGCCUCCCCGCUGCUCGGGGGCUACACGGUCCUGGCCUCCUCGGGCUCCACCUUCCCCAGCACCGUGGAGAUCCACCCGGACGCAUCCAGCCUCACGGUGCUGAGCACGGCCGCCGUGCAGGAUGGCAGCACGGUGUUCAAGGUGGUCAGCCCGCUGCAGCUGCUCACCCUGCCCGGCCUGGGCCCCGCCCUGCAGAAUGUGGCCCAGGCGUCGCCUGGGGGCAGCACGAUUGUGACAGUGCCUGCGGGGGCUGCCCCGGGGCCUGAGGAGCACACGGCCACCAUCGAGGUGGCCACCAUGGCAGAGGACCACGAGCAGAAGUAGCCGGUGGGAGGUGAGGCCCCUGAGGCGGACAGGGCUGGCUGCCUUUCCGCAGCUGCAGGCCGGAGCACGGCGAGGCCGCAGGGCUGGCGUGGGCAGGCGGGUCGCGUGGGCUGCUGAACCAAAGAGAGGAAUCGCCAAAACCAAUCAAGAGAAGAGAGAAAGGGACGAUGACAACAACCUGGAAAAUCGGUCUUCAAGUUCCAAACUUUCUCCCCCUUUUUUCUUGGGAAAUAUAUUUUUCCAUCUGUUGCUUAUUAAUACUGUUUACACGUUGGGCCGUGGUCAGGAGCCAGGUGGAUGAGGACAGGAGGCGGCCUGGGUGCUGCGGGUGUAGGGAGCAGCGGGGGCCGUGGUGCCGAGACCCUGCAGGCGCUGGAGGUGCCGCAGCCCCCGCGCACUCCGGUCGCUGCACCUGCAGGCCCUCGGGACCGAAAAUGCCGGCAACAUUACUACACAUGUCUUGGGAAGCUCACCCAAGUGUGGAAACCCGUGGAUCCUAUGGAUUUGGUUUCUUCCCACAGUUUUCUGUAGGUUUAGUGUGGCUCGUGCCCCGUCCUGCCCACGUGGGGCCCUUGCCGGAGCCUCGGUGCAGGUCCCGGCGGGCUCCGACCUCCCCGCCCUGGCAGGUGCUUAGGUGGCUGAGGGGCCGCAGAGACGAGGCGUGGGCCACACGCCGCUGCACGUGUGCUGCAGGUGUUUUUAAGUGAAUCGCUUAGUAGGCUUCUAGGAAGAGUCAAAUUUAUAGCAUUUUCAACCAAAACGAUGCUGAGUGCCUCGGCUUCCCAGGUCGGCUCCGAGGGUGGGCCCAGAACCUGUGUGUUCACCUGGCCAGGUGCGGAGUCCUAGGUAUGGCCCCUUCCCGAGACGCCCCUGCUAGGUGUGAGAUCUGUGGGUGUGUCCCUAAGGCUCGGUCCUGGGGUGGAGGCGUGAGUAGGAGAGGCGCAUGGAUGGUUUGUCGAGGUUCCCCUUUGGCGCUCAGGAGGCUCAGUGUGGCCCCUGCGUGCCCCCUGCCAGUGGGGCCACCAUGACGGCCCCCAGACCCAGGCCCCCUGGGAGUCCCCUGGCUGAUACCCGGUGGUCCUGGUCCAAGGGAGAGCCCAGGGCAGGCUGGUGGGUGCCGGCUGGGGAAGGUGCAGCCCAGACGCGCCUUGCAGGGCCGUGCGCGGGCUGCCUGCAGUCUGGCUUGGUCUGAGGACAACCACGCAGGGGGCCACCCUCCAGGCCAGAGCCUCUGGGGCCAGAUGUCUCAGGGGCAGCAAGCCCCGCCUCCUGCUGCCUCCUGCAGGGGGCGUCCUCAACAGUCCUGGGUGCCCGGCAGUGGGAGGGAGCCCUGUCCCACUCUGCGGCUCUGGAGGGAACCAGCUGCCCACCCAUGCGUCCCUGGGGUGCCCUGGGCCCCACCUCAGCGCUGUUGUGACGGGACCUGGCCUGCUCCCCACCCCUUGUCAAGCUACUGAGUUUCUGUCUGUCUUGUUUUCUUUCUGUUACGUUUCUGUUUGCUGUUGUCACGAGUCAGCUGGUUUCGGCACAAUGGUUACUGGUUUGUGUACAUACACCUUUUUAAACCCAUUUUCACUCGAGUGUGGGUCCUGUCACAUGCGUCAGCAGGGCCCUGUGCCCACCCACCAGCUCGGCCGCAUGACGGACGCAGCUCUGUGGCCUGAGAGCCUGGGACCUUCUAGUGGCUUCCCUCUGUCCGGGUCGCACGUGCGUCUGCCCUCACGGCCGGCCGCUUGCUCAGUCGAACUUGAAGGGGCUGUGGGUCAGUUCUUUCUGCCCGUUGAAGAGCAAGGGGGACCUGUUCUGCCCCCACCCCCGGGCUGGGGGGCCCUUCCCAGUGCUCCGUGAAGCCACUUGCAGCCGGUGGCUGCUCCUGCGGCUGUUCCCGGCAGGGGCUCCAAGCCCAGUGUGGGGAAGGCCCAUCCUCAGGGCAACCACACGUGCUGCAGGGAGGAGGUUGGUGGCACCGUCCCCGUCCCCAGCGCAUGCCCCCUGCGCCCUGCAGGGUCCCAGGACCUCCUGGUCCUGCCCCUCAGGGUCCGACCAGGACCUAGAAGGGAAGAGCCUCUUGACCACCUACAAACGCGGGUUUUGUGGCUGCCUCUGGCCUGGUUUUCUGCGGAGGCAGGACUGGUGUGUUUCUGCAGGGAGAGUGGGGACCUCCUCUCUGUGUGUGCCCAGAGGCACCCGGGGAAGGGCCGUGUUUGAAUUCUGCUUUGUAUGUUCUUUUGCAAGUAUCUGCUUGGUACUUUGAUUUAAAAUAAAAACAUUUUUCUUA